AUGAGUGCCUCCAAGGCGGAGUCUCAGAAGAUCUUUGAGAAGCUAAAACUCAAGCCCGCAAACAAGAUCUGCUUCGAUUGUGGCUCCAAUAACCCAACAUGGUCGUCGGUGCCCUUCGGUAUCUACCUCUGCUUGGACUGCUCGGCUCACCACCGUAAUCUGGGUGUCCACAUCUCCUUUGUCCGCUCUACCAACCUCGAUCAAUGGCAAUGGGAACAACUCCGGACUAUGAAGGUUGGCGGUAACGAGUCCGCUACCAAGUACUUCCAGUCGCACGGCGGAUCUGCCGCUCUGGCCAGCAAGGACCCGAAAACCAAGUACACCUGCAACGCCGCCGUGAAGUACAAGGAGGAACUCAAGAGACGGGCUGCACAGGAUGCGCAACAGUACCCCGAGGAGGUUGUGAUUACAGACAUCCCCGCCGGUACUCCGUCCAAUGGCUCCAGCACCCCGGCCGGGGAGGAUGACGAUUUCUUCUCCUCAUGGGAUAAGCCAUCCAUCAAGCGCCCAAGCAACCCUCCCUCUCGUACCGGUACCCCUCCUAUUGUCAGUCGCACGAGCUCUCCGUUCCUGAACUCCGGCGCAAACGGCUCGCGUUCCAAGUCGCCUUUGUCCGCCUCCGACAAGGACAGCUCUUCUCCCGCUCCUACCGCCAUCCGGGCCAGCGCUGCUGUUCGCAAGACUGCCUCGACCACCACUGCGAAGAAGGGCAGCGUGUUGGGUGCCAAGAAGGCCCCCAAGCUGGGGGCCAAGAAGAUCGUCGCCGCAGAAGCCAUCGAUUUCGAAGAGGCGGAGAGAAAGGCCAGAGAAGAAGCUGAACGCAUUGAGAAGCUGGGCUACGACCCUGAAGCUGAAAAGGCUGAGGCAGAUGCCAAGGCCAAGGCUACCAGCACUGCUGCUACGGCGAUCGCCUCGCCGACUCCUAUUAGCCCUAGCAAGAACGUCCAAGAGCGCAGUUCAGGUGACGUGGAGCGCCUUGGCAUGGGAAUUGGACGGCUAGGAUUUGGCCAAACUGUCGGCGCCCCGAAGCCUGCUGCUCCGAAGAAGUUGGGCUUUGGUGCUAUUCCUUCCAGGUCUGCAGCUGAUGACGAAGAACUGAAGCAGGCCAAGUCCCGAUUCGGUAGCCAGAAGGGCAUCUCCUCCGACGAGUUUUUCGGACGGGAGCGAUUCGACCCUGCUGCGCAGGCUGAGGCCAAGGACCGUCUUCGUCAAUUUGACGGUGCCACUGCUAUCUCUAGCAAUUCCUACUUCGGCCGCCCUGAGGAUGACCUUCCUGCUGGGGAUGAUACCUACGGGGAUCUCGAGAAUGCCGCCAAGGACUUUGUGCGCCGGUUUGGUAUCACUGCGGGUGAUGACCUUGAGAACUUGACGCAGCUUGUCGGGGAGGGUGCAACCAAGCUACAAGGUGAGUCUGUCCUGUCCAUACACAUCGAAUCCUUACUCACGGAUUAUCUAGGCGCUAUACGCAGCUACCUGAACAGCUAA